AUGGAUGUGCAGGCAUGGUAUUUAAGAACCUCAAAGUUGGCUCUGGCCUUGGCAAUUAUUCGUUCGAAACCAGCAGACAAAACCAGCAAAGAAUAUGCAGAGCACCUUGCAAUGUUGGUGUCUGAGAAGGAAUCAACAUGGAAAUCAAAAAUUGAAGUCUUAGAAGCUGAAGUUCUAGAAUUACGCCAAAAACUUCUUCUAAGCAAAAUUUGUUUAAGAUCAUGUAAUGGUGAAAACCUGUCUUCCCAGUUGCAGGCUCAGGAACCUAACUCUGAGAAUACACUAACUCCGAUGGAAGAUUCUGGAUGUGACUUAUCAAAUGAACAGAGAACUGAACCUUCAGAACUAUCCCAGAAUUUUGUUGAAAGCUGCAACCCCACAGCUUUUCUACCACUGCCUCUUGUGAAAAGACCUUAUAUUACCUCAGGAAAUCCUCUGUCUUCUCACAUGCAGUUCUUUCAACAUCUACUUGAAUUAAAGAAUUUGACAGAAUCAGGUAGUCUGAAAACAGACUUAACCCCUUUUCAGAAAGACUCUUCCAUAGUCUGUGACUCUGUUCUUCAGCUGCUAAAUGGCUUGAUUGCUUUUUAUCGUAAUCCCAAACUUCCCCUUUCAAGCUUUUGGGCAGAAGCUGUUGGCAUUUUAGCUAAGCUGAUCACUGAUAGUAAUUUAUCUAAACAAAUCCUUAAAAAAUGUUCUGAGAAGUUGGAAGAAUUUGAGAAAACUCUGAUACAGGCUAUUUUAGGAAACAACAAUUUAAAUCGGUUUCAGAUGCAACAUUGUAUCUCUCAGAAUUUGGUAACUCUAGGAAGAUGCAGCAUUUUGAGAAAAUCUAUUAUUUCUCUGCUUCUAUCAGAAGUGAACCACUUUGCUGAUGACCUUGUAGCCAUCAAUCAGGCACAAUCCAGUUAUGAUGCGACCCACUAUGAAAAUAUUUUCUCCUUAUUCUGGGUUCUGGAACAGCUUCUUCAAAAAAAAAUUGAAGAAGCAAAUACCUCAAGUACAGGGCACAAUGAAGAAGAAAUCAAGAAAUUUCUAAAUAAGCAAGAUGAAAUUAUAUUCCAGCUUUCUGAUACAUUUCCUCUAUUUACUUGUUAUUUAUGGAGAAUAGGCAUUCUUUUAAAUUCAGCAGAGGCAGAAGUUAUUGAAAAUAACUAG